AUGGGGUCAAAUAUCUUCAACUUCAAAAGCUUUAGAAUGGCAGUACCGCAUAUUUUCGACUCGGACCUGACAUAUGGAACCAAGUACAGAGACUCGUUGCUGUUCGCUCUUACGCUCUACGAUGUCAACACCGGCAAAAAUCGAUUACGUGAAUUAUAUGCAGCGGUUCCUGGUGUUAGAAAGUCGUUGUUGGGUGUGAGCGCCAAGCAGUUCGGCGAGAAAUUUCAUCAUCUUCAGAAGAGGAUCGCUCGUCAUUCCUCAAGGGGCAGUUUGGAAAGCGUCAGCACCGAUAAAGACGACGAUGGUGGUAAAUCGCCAAGAAGAUCUCGCGAGCCUUCGAUGCACGCGGAUGACGAUGAAGACGAGCCACGUAUUUCUACAGGAGGAAUCGCGAACACCCAUUUUCAGCAACGUGUUAUCAAUGUGUCCAAUGCGCCACCGGUUUCACUGAAAAGAGAGAAAAGUGGUGACUGGGAGAUCAAACAAGGGUCUGGCGGACUCGUAUCAUGUGUCGAUCCAGUGAUGACGAAAGACCACGAGAACAUUUGGUUAGCAAAUCUUGGUAUGAAUCUGAAAGAGAAAAAAAGGGCGUCAUUUUCAUCAGAAGAAUCUGAACUCUCCAAGUUGGCCCCGUCAACAAAUACACUCGGACUACCGCUGAUCAAACAAGCGAUUGCUGAUGUGUUUUUCCACGUACUAGCCGAUGACGAUCAACCAGAAAAAGAAUCGAACGCCGACCAAAAGAAAGCGAGAGAAGAGAUGUCACUUUUGGGUGUAUUGAACAACUAUAAUCGAGGUAACUAUAAGCUGAAUCCAGUGGUUGUCCAAGAACAGGACUAUAACGUUUACUAUGGCGGAAUCAGUAACGGUCUUCUAUGGCCUGCAUUGCACAAUCUACCUGAAUACGUUAUGUCUGAUUACGACACACCGAAGAUUUUACGAGACCAUUGGUGUUCCUAUGUGAGGGUGAAUUACCAGUUUGCUAUUGAUGCCGUGAGAAACAGCCGACCGCAGGACUUCAUCUGGAUUCACGAUUAUCAUCUUAUGCUGACCGGAAUGGUCGGCUUCUUUCUUCAUAUUCCAUUUCAACCGUCGGACGAUUUCUUCACGAAAUAUGGAACAUGUGGUCUGGCAGUGCUGAGAGGGCUGCUGCGAUUCACUAAGGUUGGAUUUCAAACACAUCGUGAUCGAUCCAGAUAUAUUGAGUUGGUUCAACAACAUUUACGAAAUGCCACUGUUUAUCACGAUCAACACCUGGAUAUCUUUACUGUCGCUCACGAAGGAUGGACGUGCUCAUUGGGGGUCUUCCCAGUCAGCAUAAAAAACGACGAUUUCCUCAAAUUUGUUCAUAUGCCCGAAACGCUCGUAAGGAAGGAAGGCAUCAGGAAAAAGAUUCUUGGCGAGAAUCCACCAGAGAAUGCGCGGUUAUUCUUCAGUGUUGAGCGAUUUGACUACACAAAAGGAAUCAAAGAAAAACUGCUGGCCUAUCGGCGAUAUUUCGAAAAGUAUCCAGAUCGUUUAGGAAAAGAUGUACUCUACCAGGUGGCCGUAACGAAUCGUCGCUCGGUUGAUACCUAUCGUGUCUAUCAGGACGAAUGCCUGGAAAUCGCCAAGAAAAUCGCUGGCGAAUUCCAUGAUCCGGCAAGACCAGAAUGGAAGCCGUCUUCCACGGGCGGAAUUAGUGGCGGCAUACAUGGCGAUGGAUAUCGGAGUUGUCACACCAAAAAAGGACGGUAUGAAUCUGAGAUGUUGGUGUGUAAUCCCCAUGCCGGUCUCAUUCUAUCAACUGGCGCUGGUGCAGAAAUUCAAUUCAGCACCUCUGGACUCUACAAGGAAGACGGAGAGAAGAAUUAUCAUCGUAUUUCCGAUUUAUUUGAUAUCGAGAGUUAUGCAGACACGUUCUAUGCGGCGGCAACGGAAAGCGUCGAAUCGAGAGAAGUUCAUGGAAAGAGACUGAGCGACUUCAUACUCUCUAAUGACAUUGAACGAUGGAGCACGGCAUUUUUGGAUCCGAGUUGGACACAUCUGGUCAUUCGUCAAAUGAAGAUCAACACUUUGGACGAGUUUUUCUCGUUGAUGAUGCGAACGAGAAAUGUCAGGCUACAAAUUGUCAAUCGUGUGCUCAAGGGAAUUCCGAUCAGAGCUCACUUUACGAUAAGUCUCAGAAACGCCAAGGAAUCACUAACGAACAGUUGUGAAUCGGAUUCACAUACUCUAAUACUGCGGGCAUCUCACGAUUCACCAGACACGGCAAAGUUUGACAUCAAGAAUGAGCUGGAGGAAUUCGAAAAGGAUCUCUCGUUCAUGAUCUAUAUGCAGAGCGAUGACGUAGACAAUGUGGAGCAAUUUGUAGACGUAGUUCGAUCAGACCAAUCAGAAGCAUUUGAUGUGCAUUUUUUUCUAAACUAUUUGCAAGCGUUCAUGGUUCGGAUGUUUCUUAUCAUAUUGUAUUCCUAA